GACUCCGCGGCGCGGCGAGUUCGGGCGGGAAGCGGGAAAUGGCGGCGCGGAGGCCGUUGGGCUAGGCGUCCGCGACCCGGCGUCCGUUCUGCGUGUUCCUUAACCGAAAGGUGUUCCGACGGCUUCCAGACACCAUGGACGUGGGGUGGGACUGGGAGAAGGAACAUCUCUGGCUCUACCUGCUGGCGCUGGGCUUCGAUCCGAAGGCUGCCGAGAUGUCUGCGGGCACCAAACUGCUGCUGGGAGCGAAUGCAUUUGACAUGCCAAACUACAGCGCUUUCCACGUUGUUGCCCAGUUCUUGUUCACUAAGCUGGACAAGAAACGGGCAGAAGACACUUUCAGAAACUGUUUGCUUCCAGAUGUAAAACCUGCAGAUCCUGAAUUCAGGAAACUGUGCAGCUCAUGGCUAAAACAAAUUUCAAGUGAAGAGGGAAGUGGUGUUCCUCAAGUUGGAUCUUCUUUGUUUCUUUCUCCUGCUGGUGGUAAAUUUAUUCAUCUUAUGUAUCGGUUUGCAAGACAUGUAGUAGUUGAGGAUCUGAGAAAGAGCUCUGCAGAGAGCAAUAAACCUUUUGUUGAAACUAUACGCUGCAGUCCUGAGGAUACGUGUGAGGCAAAUGAAAGAUGCAGAGCGGCAUGUAAUGAACUUCUGCAGAUUUUGAUGAGGAAGGAUUAUAUCAUCCAAAAAUAUGAGAAAACAUCUCAGUGUUUAAUUAAAGAAAUAGAACAGAUGAAAUCUGAGUGUGCGCACCUCCAGCAACAAUUGCAGAAGAUGGAACCAAAGAAACAAAACAAAAAAGACAGAGCUGAGAAAAUUCAAAAGGUUCGCAGCAUGUGGGCAUUGAUAAUUGAAACUUUUAUGUCUCUGAAAAAGGAAAUGGAAAUUGUAGAUUCUGUUCUUGAGGGUCGUGUUGAUCAGUACGUUUUUGAUGGAACUAACGUUGAUGUCAACGUCCCUCAUCUAUUGGUUGACAAAGUCGAAAGUGGAACGCAAGAAGUGUGUACGGGAAAUUUAUAUGAAGAUGAAAAGCUGAAUUUUUUAACAGUCAUUCAACUAUUAAAUGAAGCCCUAAGAAUUUUAAGAGAUGAAUGCUCUCAGUUUGACUCGGAAAACUACUUACAGCCCAUUGUGAAUAUGACUAAAUUACAAAAUAAAAUGCUAUUGUAUUUGGAAGCAGUGAGACUAAGAAUAGAAAAGCAGAACUUUAUUUUGAAAGAAUCAAAUUCUAGAAGACAGAAAGAGUGGAUAAAGAAGUGGGAAAGCUGUCCUGGCUGGUCUUCACUCUACAGUCAGAAUUUAGAUCUGGCUGUGUUGCAAGCUGUAUCAGAAGCAGAAAAAGAAUGUGAAGAUGAUGUAUUUUGUCAAAAUACAGGAUCAGAUUCAGAUAUUCCAGACCUUUGGGACCUAAGUUACGAGGACAGUGAUGGGACACUGAAAAGUAGCAUGAUUGAUUCACUGUUAACACCAACUAGACGGGUCUCUUCAAAAUCUUCAGAGUUGUCAGAAGCAUCUGAGAACAAAGACCUGUUAACUGAAAAGGACUUGCAUACUGAGCCAGACAGUGGGAAAGAAAAGUCAGUGCCUCCAGAGAUCUCAAAGGAUGAAGAAGAUGAGCUUACAUUAUUGGAAUCACAGGAAAACUCAGAAGGUCCUGUUACCCAGGCAGAUGCUUCUGUCAAAAAGGAAGAUGUUCUUGAGAAAGCUAGAGAAGAAUUGGCAGAACAGAUCGCAAAAAUGGUGACAUCUGAGUCACCUCAGAGUGGUGGAGAAAGAGGAAUAGCAUUAGAUGAUCUCAUCAGCUCACUGGAUUUCAACCCAUUUUUGACAAGGAAACAAAUUCCCCGAACUCCAGAAAAUCUGCUUACUGAAAUUAGAAACUCAUGGAGAAAAGCUAUUCAGUCUGAAGACUUGUCAGAUGCAGAGCUGGUCUCAACCAAAGAAAUAAUAGACGCUCCAGUGGAUGCUAGUUGUACAAUCCAGGAUAAGGCAGCCAUUAGUUUAGAUGGGGCUUCCUCUUCAUCUGCUGUACCUGACUUCAGUUAUCCAUUGUCAGAACAAAAGUCCCAAGGAAGUUGUGCAGAAUUUACAGCUCAGAAGCAGAGGAUGAUAAAUCAAAUCAGUGAAUCUCUGCUUUGUGAAGAAAUACCUGGAAUGCCAGAGGAUGAGAGCAGUGAAGAAGAAGAAUUAGAGGACACUGUUUAUGGAGGAAGUUUUACAGGAAAAACAGAAGAACAAUCAUGCAUAUAUGUAGAGAAGAGCUUGAGUACUCCUUGUGUUUCUUCAGAAGACAGUAGUAAAAUGAAUACUCUACCCUCAAACCACCUUUUGGAUUUAAUGGAUAAAGAUCUGCAGUGCAGUGCGUCUCCAGUGUUAAGUUCUGAUAGUUGUGAAGUUCAUGAUUUUGGGAUGCUGCAUGAGACUACUUCAGAAGAGCUUAAUAGCAGAAGUCCUAACGAAUUUGUGAAGUCUGAAUCUGUUUUUGAUUUUUUAGACAGCAUAUUUAUACCAGAUAAUACAAUAAAUAAAGGGAAUACUCAAAAUUUAAGGCCAGAUCUACAUUUUCUGCUCAGCAGAUAUGAAAUGCUGAAAAAAAGUAUGUCUGGAAAAGAACAGGAACUGCAUGAGAUACCUAUUGGAGAAGAAUCUUUAAGUUAUUUCUCAGACCUAAGUCUUACUCCAGAAGAAGGAGAAAGAGAUGAUUUGCGCUUAUCUCUAGAACGCUUCAACUUGGAUGAAGAGUUUACUGAGAUAAUAUCACCAGUAUCUCUUCCUGACAAAAAUCCUUCCCUGUCAUCUUUGCUGACCUUCUCUAAACAACUAGAAGAAGCAGCAUCACAUAUCCAUGAAAUCCCAUUAGACCUGAUAAAUAAAUUGAAGGAUAAAGAGGAGUUGAAUGAGACGCUGAGCACAAAGGAACCACCAUCAUCAUUAUAGAACUUGUAAAGCGUAUGAACAAUGCUAGUAUUAAAAUUGUGGUGCACUUGAGUGCUUCAUAACUUCUCCAAGCACUGUCCAGAUGAGAGCUUGCACUCCUAUUUCUUGCCUAGCCUGUGUGUCAGACUUCUUGUCAGUGUCAGUUGCUUGCUUUGGUUCCUUGUAUUUCAAGUCACCCAUAGUAGUUUUCUGCGAAAAACUCAAAACUUAUGUACCAAAUGAUAUAUUCCUUUGUAAACACAGCUCUGAAAAUAGCAGAUGUUAAAGAAUAAUGUUUUUCCGUUUUCUAAAAUUACAUAAAGACUCAAAGGAAAAAUAGCAAAAUCUUUGGUGUCUCUAUCCUGCCCCUUUAAAAUAGUAAAUUAUUUGGUGCUCUGCUUAUACUGGAUUCUGUCCUCUUGAAAUGUAUGGUCAAGCAUUACCAUCAAUUUUCGAUGUUGAUAAAAACCCUUUUCUUUAAUAAAUUUCUUCCACUGAAAUGGAAUUUCUAGUACAAUUCCGUCAGGCUUUGUACUAAAAUUUCAAAUUGAAGUUUCAAACUAUGAUUUCUGGUAGACUUUAUGCUAUUUUAUUUUCAAAUAGUAGAUAUUCCCUAGUAGACUUAUAUAAAUGUGUACACUAUGUGUAAUGUAUACAUUUAUGUUUAUGACACUGCAGUGUAACUGACAAUAGCAUUAUGAUCGUCCAUUUCCAUGUUGAUCUAGUUGUGGUUUAACAGCUUGAGACUAUAGCUAUCAACUGUUUGAAAUAGGCACAGCUGUGUUCCUUGCAGACCUGAGGUCUAGAGCUUGGUGGUGGUGACUUCACAAAGGCUCCCUAGGAAACUGACCCAAGUACUUGUGCCCUGGUCAGAAAAUGCUUGAAAGCAGGAACCACAGAGCUCUGGUCAGGAUGCUGGCAAAGGAGCUUGGUAAUGCAAGCCAGGGAAGGAGCUGAUCAGUUCAGAUGCGCUCUGACAAUAUGAUCUGCUUCUCGAAGUUCCCAGAUUUUUCUUGACGUAGUUGUCUCAAGGGAUUGCUGCUGAAGAGGUUUUCUGCUCUAGAGCAUCUGCUGGGAAAGACCUUUUUCUUACCAAACAUGCGUCCAGUGUCCCCUGUGCCUUUGCACUCAGUGCCGUCCCUGAAGACAUGCGUUUGUCAACUGUGCUCCUGUGGGUAUGUAAAAGAGUAUGGGGGAAGGAACUUGGAACGGAAGUUCCUGGCUAACAAGAUGCACUACUCAUCAGUGCUACAGAUGUUAUUCACUGCUCUUAAGUUACAAAUGGAAAAUUAUGAAUCCUUUUUUUCCAUAUAGGGUGUAUUGAAUGAUGUGGUUCUUGUUUUCCUUUUUCCUUUUUUGUAGAAGUAUACAAAUGGCAAGGAGACUUCCCAUUUUUCUUUUUUUUUUUUUUACAUGGAUUGCCUCUCUAAAGAGGAAGCAUUUAACUUUUUGGCCACAAAUCUGCUUUCAAAUACAUCUUUCAAAUACAUGUUACUAACUUUGAGUGCUUUUAAAUUAGUGAAAGUGAUGCUUCCUCUGUAAAUGUGCAAAUUAUGGAAAAGGUGAGGACUUAGCAAAUAGAUGAGACUACUGAAAACAGCAGGAUUUGUUAGUGCUUUUGUCUUGUGAAUGUAUGCAAGCUCUUGAAUGCAAUAAUUAGCUUUAGGCCCUCUGAUGUAAGACCCAUUUUCUCAUGUUUGCAAGUUUAAAAAAAAAAAAAAAAAAAGGUAAAGCGGGGAAAAAAUUGACUCAUAAGUUCGUUGUAAAGUUGUAAAGUCAUAAAGAGAAAAGGUAUAAGAUGCUGAUGGAGAGUUCAUGUCAGAUUGGAAUGUAUUACUCACGAUGGAUAACAAAUGAAUAAUAAAUACAUGUACCCCAGAAAGAAAA